AAUGAGUGGAGAUGUUUUUGAGAUGUAUUACUAUAUUAGGUGACAUGUAACUUUGCAUCUCUCAUACCAUCACUGCAAUGUUGGCCAAUAGAAAGCUAAAGUCACCCAAAAACUGCCUAGUCCCUCCUUCCCUUCCCUUAUGGUCUGGUCCUACCUGCCUCCAGUGCACAAAUCAAGGCUAUUCGCUGGAAUGCUAUGUGCCCCCUCCGUGAGCCCACGCUCCACCACUGCUCCAGGUUGGCUGCUUCUCAACUCCCUUUCCAUGACCCUGAGCUCCCGCCGCUGCCCUGCUUUCCUCCACAAUGUUUCCUAGCCCUGUGACAACGACGCCCUUCUCGGUCAAGGAUAUUUUGAACCUGGAACAGCAUCAGAGCGGCCUGGCCUCCAUGGAGCUCUCCUCGCUGGCCUCCCCAUCCUGCAUGCUGGCCACCUUCAAGCAAGAGGCGUUCGGCGCCGAACCCCCGACCCUACCCGGCCCGCGAGAGGAGCUGCCCGAAGCAGCCAAAACCACCUUCCCCGGUUCCUACUACGUUAAGAGCUACGUGGAGAUGGACUCAGCCAAGGAGGCCAAGGCGGACAAGAAAGAACUGUGUUCCCUGCACAAGAGCCUGGAGCAGGAGAAGAGAGACCUGGAAGAUCCCGAGCGCCCCAGACAGAGGAAAAGGAGGAAACCUCGCGUCCUCUUUUCUCAAGCCCAAGUCUACGAACUGGAGAGAAGGUUCAAGCAGCAGAAAUACCUCUCGGCUCCCGAGAGAGACCAUCUAGCGAACGUCCUAAAGCUCACCUCCACCCAGGUGAAAAUUUGGUUCCAGAAUCGAAGGUAUAAAUGCAAAAGGCAGAGACAGGAUCAGACCCUCGAAAUGGUGGGCAUCCCUCCCCCCCGGCGGAUAGCGGUGCCGGUGCUGGUCCGCGAUGGGAAGCCCUGCCUGGGGGAGUCUUCUCCCUACAGUUCGCCGUACAAUGUCAGCAUUAACCCCUAUAGCUACAACGCCUACCCCGCGUACACCAACUACAACAGCCCCGCCUGCAACGCCAACUACAACUGCAACUACCCGUCCAUGCAGACCAUGCAGCCCUCGGCAGCCGGCAACAACUUCAUGAACUUCAGCGUAGGGGACUUGAAUUCCGUGCAGACACCCAUCCCGCAGGGAAACGCGGGGAUCUCCACGUUACACGGAAUCCGAGCCUGGUAGAGCCGCCCCUGCCCCGCUCCCCUCCGUGGACCACGGCCACCGGCGAGACCCCGGCGCCGGUGAUGAAGGGGCCCCGGCCGCGCCUGCGAGCCGGUCUCGGGACAUAUCCAGGCUACGGGGGGGUGAGGACAGUUCAAUGCAGCAUCCCGGCGGAGGUCACUAGCCUGGCGGCCAUUUCCACAGGGAGGGGGUCUCCAGUAUUUCGUGCGACGGCUGCGCUGCCGGCGGGAGCAGAGCGGGGAGCCUCCCGCAGCUCCCGGAUCCCCCUUCCACCAGCUAUCCCCGGUAAUUCCCCUCCUUCCUUCCUCUAAAGCAGCCGGGCAUUUCGCUUGACUUGAUCCCAACAGCAGCUACCCAAGCCCUGCAACUUUUAUAAAUUUUUACUCUAUAUUAAUUAUUAUCGAGAUCCACAUUUAAUUUUUGCACUUCCAGUCCUGUCCCCGGUGUCUGGCCAGUUCAGCAUCCCGCCAAGCCCCCAGGUCUCCGCUCGCGGGACCUCU